CGCGUGACGUCAGCGCGCAAAAGCGAGGGGGCGACCAGUGGAAGCUGCAAUAAACACACAGGGCGUCUGCGCCUAUCUAACUAGGACAAUAAAGUGCAAACGGCAUCAAUGCUUUAACAAUGGAGCUAACCGAUAUGCUUCUCCUGAAACUUGUCCUCUUUGCUUACCUGCUGCACGACACUCAAGGACACUACCGGAAUCCCCUCAACAAGUACAUCCGGCACUAUGAAGGCCUUUCUUAUGACACAGAGCUGGUCCACAGCAACCACCAGAGGGCUAAAAGGGCAAUUUCUCAUGAAGACCAGUUUCUUCAUUUAGAUUUUCACGCUCAUGGAAGGCAUUUUAAUUUACGCAUGAAGAGAGAUACCAGUUUGUUCACACCAGACUUGAAGGUGGAAGUUUCAGGAGAAGAGUCGACAUAUGAUACCUCUCACAUCUACACUGGAGAAAUAUACGGUGAGAAAGGUACACUUGCUCAUGGCUCCAUAGUGGAUGGUAAAUUUGAGGGCUUCAUUCAGAGUUACCACGGUAACUACUACGUGGAGCCCACUCAGCGAUACCUGGAGGGCAAAGACGUGCCUUUCCACUCUGUCAUGUACCACGAGGACGACAUAGACUAUCCUCACAAGUACGGCCCGGAGGGCGGCUGUGCUGAUAGCUCGGUGUUCGAGAAGAUGAAGAAGUACCAAGCGUCCGCUGUAGAAGAGCCGUCCAAGGCACUCCACAGUCAAGCGGUCCUUAAUGAAUCUGUGAUGCUGAGAAAGAAGAGAAUGGCGCAGGCUGAGAAGAACACGUGCCAGCUCUUCAUCCAAACGGAUCACCUCUUCUACAAGUAUUACAAGACAAGAGAGGCUGUCAUUGCUCAGAUCUCCAGUCACGUCAAGGCCAUUAAUGCCAUCUAUCAGGGCACAGACUUCUUAGGGAUUCGCAACAUCAGUUUCAUGGUGAAACGGAUCAGGAUAAACACCACCAGUGAUGAGAAGGACAAGUCCAACCCAUUUCGCUUUGGUAACAUCGGUGUGGAGAAGUUCCUGGAGCUGAACUCGGAACAGAACCACGAUGACUACUGUUUGGCUUACGUUUUCACCGACAGAGACUUUGACGAUGGCGUCUUGGGUUUGGCCUGGGUCGGAGCCCCUUCAGGGAGUUCUGGAGGGAUCUGUGAAAAAAGCAAGUUGUACUCCGACGGGAAGAAGAAGUCUCUCAACACAGGCAUUAUCACUGUUCAGAACUACGCCUCCCACGUACCUCCCAAAGUCUCCCAUAUCACCUUUGCACAUGAAGUGGGGCACAACUUUGGCUCUCCACAUGACUCUGGGUCAGAGUGCACCCCGGGUGAAUCCAAGAGCCAAGACAAAAAGGAGAAGGGCAAUUACAUCAUGUAUGCGAGAGCUACGUCGGGAGACAAGCUGAACAACAACAAGUUCUCCAUCUGUAGCGUGCGCAACAUCAGCCAGGUGCUGGAGAAAAAAAGGAGCAACUGUUUUGUUGAGUCUGGUCAGCCCAUCUGCGGAAAUGGCCUCGUGGAGCCAGGAGAGGAGUGUGACUGUGGCUACAGUGAUCAGUGCAGGGACCAGUGCUGCUAUGACGCCAACCAGGCUGAUAACAAGAAGUGCAAAUUAAAGCCCAACAAAGUCUGCAGUCCCAGCCAGGGACCCUGUUGCACCCCUGAGUGCGGCUACAAGGGGCGAAAUGAGAAGUGCAGGGAUGAGUCAGAGUGCGCUCAUCAGGGCAUGUGCAACGGAGUGAGCCCCCAGUGCCCGUCGUCGGAACCCAAAGCCAACUUCACCGCGUGUCACGGCGAGACUCAAGUCUGCCUGAACGGGGGCUGCUCCGGCUCCAUCUGUGAGAAGUACGGACUCGAAGCGUGCACGUGCGCCAGCCAAGAAGGAAAGGAUGAGACGGAGCUUUGUCACGUGUGCUGUAUGGAGAAGAUGAAUCCCAACACAUGCAGCAGUACGGGCUCGGAGCGUCUGGCUCGUUUCUUCAAUAAGAAGGUGACCACGCUGCCGGCUGGCUCGCCCUGCAAUGACUUCAAGGGUUACUGCGACGUGUUCAUGAAGUGUCGUCUGGUGGAUGCGGACGGCCCGCUGGCUCGGCUCAAGAAGGCCAUUUUUAACCCCGAGCUCUACGAGAACAUUGCGGAGUGGAUUGUGGCCCACUGGUGGGCAGUGUUACUGAUGGGCAUCGCUCUCAUCAUGCUCAUGGCAGGCUUCAUUAAGAUCUGUAGCGUACAUACACCCAGCAGUAACCCCAAGCUUCCUCCCCCUAAACCACUUCCAGGCACUUUGAAGAGGCGGCGAGCGCAGCAGCACGCAAGCUCCCAGGUGCAGCAUCAGUCCCAGCACGGCGGACACGGUGGUCCGCGGCAGGCCCAGAGGCAGCCUCAGCGGCAGGCCCAGCAGCAACACCAGCGACACCACCGUCAGCCUAGGGAGAACUAUCAGAUGGGGCAGAUGAGACGCUGAGACCCCCCCGACCCUCCCCACACACAGAAUUCCCCCCCCCCCCUGCCACCACCCCCUUCCAAUGCCUUGGCUCCUCCUUGUGCCUACAGUGGGAAACUUAAAAGCGUCACUCCAUCCAAAGAAAAGCCUGACACGGUGGCUAGUCACCACCGCACCCUCCAUCUAAGACACGAAAAGAAGAGAAAAAUCCAGGGACUCAAUCGGCACGCAAUCUAGCUUUUUUUUUUGGCCAUCGUCACCUUAAUUUGGUUCAUUUCAAAGGAGUGCCAAGGAGUUAAGGAAUUCUCUCUAGCUUUGGUCAACUUUAGUCAUUUCGUUUCCGUUCUCUUGCGAUUUCGUCUCGAGUGACAUGCCACGUGGCUGCCGGUGAAUCGUUGCGUGCUUUUCUUGCGCCGUUCUUGCCACGCUCGAGAACGAGGCGAGCCACUCGGCGGGGGAUUGGCGCCACUUUUGUGAUUUCCACACGUCCCAAAAUGGCGAAGAACACAUGCUCCCGGUCUCUUGUGCAGACAGUCAGUCUCCUGCAUGUGACUGUACAUAUUUAGUGUAUCAUAAGUGAAAAGGAACUAUUUCUUCUACUGUAAAUGUGUAAUUCUUCACUCUCUUCCUGUUUUGUUGGUUUGUUUUUUUUUAUUUUUGGGUUAGCGCUCUCAGGACUUUUAACACAUAAAUGAAGGCAUGACGGUCGCCAGGAGUUCCUCGGAUGUUGUUGCCGGCCAUCUGAUGCCAUCGGGUCAUCUCUGCAGUCAUCCCAUCAGGUGGAGCUCAUUCACUUUGGGUAGCUUGUUUCCUUGUUUCUCAAAUUGAACAAAGUAACCAUAUCCGUUUUUUCCCCUCCCCAAGGUCGUCUCUCCAUUGUUUUAUUUCUUGCUAACAUGUUGCUUGUGUCACGUAAGGGAACGAUCGCUCUGCUUAUCUUUUAUUUAUUUUGUUGUUGUCUUUUACCAAUUUAAUUUAGCUAUUUGAAGAAUGAAUAACCACUAAUUGAAGCUGAGGAGAAGGGAAAGUUGCAGUUUAGUUUAAGUGAGCAUUAGUGAAAUGCGUGUGGAAAUGAGUUUUAAAAUGACUCUGUGGACAUAUUUUUAAGAAAAGAAAAAAAAAGAGGAGGCUUAUCAUUCUGUUGCUCAUGUAGGAAAUCUUAAGAACUUUUGUGGGCAUGCAGAGGCAUUAAUUCAAUGUGAGUAUUCUUGAUUGACAUUGGUCCGUAAUAUGUGUCUCAACACAAUGCUGACAACUUUUAAUGUGAAAAUAAAAGGAAGUAAGGCCUGUUGAGGCAGAUUUUCACACAGCUUGACUUUGCUACGUCACCACCCUGGAACUCACACUUUCCCAGUUUGCAUUGGUUGUGAUAUCCGAAAGCAACGACAGGCUUCGUUUGAAGGACACGUUUCACCUCAGGCAUUCUUUCCCUUUCACAAAAUAACACGUGAUCUUGUCGUCUGGGCAUGGUUCAGUAUUCGCUUGACACUAACAAUAAAUCAUUUUUUGCAGUCUAUAUUUCAUGCAUUAUUUUUUUGCCUAUAGGCCUGAAUUGAGUUUAUCUUGGCAUUAUUCCGUUUGGAGUGCAUGCAGUUCGAAUCACAACUCUAAUGUCCUGAAUGAUGCCAUGUUUUGCUGUGGACGGGAUUAGGAAAAGUGUCACAGUUAAUGUCACAUGAUGGAUGAAUCAGGCGUGUGUCAUGUCUGUACAAAAAAAAAGUGGAUAUGUAUUUUUUUUGGUCAUUCCUGGCUUCAGAAUCUAAGAUGUAAACUUGUACAGUACUUUGAAAAUUUGCAUUUCAUUGAAAACUGAAAAUUACAUUUUGAUACAUCUGUUGAUUUUUCUUAAUUAUAAUUAUUUUAUUCCAAUUCAAAGAUGUUCAUAUGUGGCAAACCUCUUAAGUUAUUUCUGUUCUUGUAUGUGCUAGUUCAAUUGGAGUUUGCUUAUGAUACUUUUUCUCCACUGUCAUCAAUGAUAUAAAAAACAUUUGAGUGUGAUGGAUUUAAUGUGACAUUCUCAUUUUAGUCUUUAUCCUGUGGCAUGGUUUGGCUAGAAGAGCAGAAGAUUAAUGCCUGUAAAUUUACUUUUCAAUUCGUAGUCCUGGUUUAAAACAAAAAAAAAGUUUUUAGAUAAACGUGCACUGCAAUGUCCACAUUGAUUUUGAAUUGUUGUAGGUGAUGUAGGCCGAAAGAACACGAUUAAAAAGUAAUACUACUGUCUGAUUUUAAUGUUCACUGUGUUUUAUACAGUAUUGGAAAUUUUUGUUCACUUUGAACAUUUUUACGAAAAAAAAAACAAAACAAAAAAAUCAAUUGUAUUGUGCAAAGAAAUGUAAUUUUUUUUGGAGUACAUGAAAUGCAUUAAUUAAACGACUCAUUCAAUAAACAGAGUACUGUUUACUGUCA